CCGGAAUCGUGUCCGCGAAUCGGCCUACCGAUCCGAGCUUUUCAAGGCAACGUGGUGCGUGUGGGUUAAGCGGUCUUUCGUUUUGUCGAAUUUUUUUUUGUUUUACGAUCGGGAUUUUUUGUUGUCGUUGUCGUCGUCUCUGACGAAGAAAGUCUCGACAAGGCGGCUGGGACGGGGUGUGCCAUGGCUCAUUUCGUGGCGCCGUUGAUCCAGGACAACCACAACGGAUGGGGGCCCUGCGCGAUCCCCGAACAGUUUAAGGACAUGCCCUACCAGCCCUUCAGCAAGGCCGAUCGCCUCGGCAAGGUUGCUGAUUGGACCGGAUCCACGUACCAGGACAAGCGCUACACAAACAAAUAUUCGUCCCAGUUUGGCGGGGGUAGUCAGUACGCGUACUUCCACGAGGAGGAUGAGGGCAGCUUCCAGCUGGUGGACACCACCCGCGUGCAGAAAUCCAUCUUCCAGAAGAACCGGAUGAAGUUCACGCAGCAACGGAACAUGCGCCGUGAGAAGGAGCGCAGGCUGCAGAUGCAGGCGCUGAACAUGCAGACCCUGUCCAAGAGCGCCAAGCAGAAGGAGAGAGACCGGCAAAGGAUUCAGAAACUGCAGAAGCAGUUUGGAGGGAGACAAAGAUGGGAUCAGAAGGGGCAGCAGAAGCCACGCGACUCCUCCGUGGAGGUCCGCAGCGACUGGGACGUGAAGGAGGAGAUGGAUUUCCCGCGCCUCAUGAAGAUGAGAUACGUGGACGUGGCUGAGCCCGUUGACAUAGAGUGUCUGGGGGAGCUGGAGCACUAUGACAAGGCGUUUGACCGCAUCACGACGCGCUCCGAGAAGCCGCUGAAAAGCAUCAAGAGAAUCUUCCACACGGUCACCACCACCGAUGAUCCCGUCAUCCGCAAGCUGGCUAAGAGCGAGGGGAACGUGUUUGCGACGGACGCGAUCCUGGCGACGCUCAUGUGCUGCACGCGCUCCGUCUACUCGUGGGACAUCCUGGUGCAGCGUGUCGGCUCCAAGCUCUUCUUCGACAAGAGGGACAACUCCGAUUUCGACCUGCUGACGGUGAGCGAGACGGCCAACGAGCCCCCGCAGGAGGAAGGGAACGCCAUCAACUCCCCCCGGAACCUCGCCCUCGAGGCCACCUUCAUCAACCACAACUUCUCCCAGCAGUGCCUCAAGAUGGGUGCAGAGAAGUACAAGUUCCCCAAGCCCAACCCCUUCACGGAGGACGACCUCCAGGGAGCGGAAGUGGCGUCUGUGGGCUACAGGUACCGCAAGUGGAAGCUGGGAGAGGACAUCGAACUGAUCGUUCGCUGCGAGCACGACGCCGUGCUGACCGGGGCCAACGGGGAGGUCUCCUUCAUCAACAUCAAGACCCUCAACGAGUGGGACUCCCGGUUCUGUAACGGCGUCGAGUGGCGUCAGAAGCUGGACUCUCAGAGGGGCGCGGUUCUCGCCACGGAGCUCAAGAACAACUCGUACAAGCUCGCCAAGUGGACCUGCUGCGCCCUCCUCUCCAGCUCCGAGUACCUCAAGCUCGGCUACGUGUCGCGCUACCACGUGAAGGACUCGGCGCGCCACGUGGUGCUGGGCACGCAGCAGUUCAAGCCGGGCGAGUUCGCCAGCCAGAUCAACCUGAACCUGGAGAACGCUUGGGGCAUCCUGCGAUGCAUCGUCGACACCUGCAUGAAGCUGCCUGAGGGGAAGUACCUCAUCCUCAAGGACCCCAACAAGCAAGUGAUCCGCGUCUACUCGCUCCCUGAUGGGACCUUCAGCUCUGAGGAGGAGGACGAGGAGGACGACGAUGACUUGGAUGAGGAGGAAGAAGAAGCCGGGGAGGACGCCGCCGCUACUACCUAGACCAAGGUGGUAAUGUCACGGUCCGACUCCGGCACCGCGUCACCUCUUGUGCCCGCAGCGUCGUCGUCAUCGUCGUCAGCGUCGUCACGAUGUAAUCUCCGUACUAUUCUUGGUUCUUUCGGUAAAGUCACCACGUAGAAGGGAAACAAUACAAUAAUAAAAAUAGACAAUUUUCUUGCUGCGGUUUUCGCACCUGAUGACGACUGCUUGUGUUGCAGUCGAAACGUCGUGAGAAUUUUAUUGUUUUAUAUUUUUUUAAAAUUAUUUUAUUGUUUCCCUUCUACAUGGUGGUGCCUUUACCGAAAGAACCAAGAAUAUGAAUCCCUGCAGUCACGAAAGCUUUCAAUCAAAAUUUAAUCUCCGUACUGUUUUUGUGAUGCUCCAAGCUACGAGUCGCUUACGGAGCAAUCCCGUUAACGCGCGGCGAUCUCUCCCCCCUACGGUGGUGGCCGGUGGAUUAAUAAUGCAGGGUGCUUAAAAAAAUAAAUGCUGGCGCUUACACGGGACUAUCGUCUUUAAUGGGAAAAGAAGGGAUGAUCCGCUGUCAACAUGGUAACAAAUGUUCAGGUCAACAGCUUCAACAAAUCAAAGAGUCUCUCCCCCACUUGUUGGCCGCACGUGGCCUGGGGUCUUCGCCAGGUGGUCUCCAGACCCCCCCGGACGCGGCAAGUUGGCAAGUUAGCGGAAGCGUUCACAUUGUUUUUUUUAAGCACCCUGUAAAUUUGGUGGGGAAUGAAGGGCGUACAUUUGGUGAGAUGUUGACUACCUCGCCCGGUGUACAGGGGAGGGGGGUCGUGGGUUCGAUCCCGACCCUGACGCCCUCUCUAUUUUAAGUUUUCGUGUCUCUCCCUCUCUCCCCCUGGUGGUCGCGUGGAUUUUUCUCCGGGUCCUGCAGUUUCUCCCCCUCCACAUUUGGAUAGAAUCGACGGCACGCGUUUUAAAAGUAUUUGGCCGCUAUAAAUGUCCACGUGAUGAUAUAAGCCGCUUCGUUGAGCUCUCAUUUGUGGCCAGGUCGCAUCUGAAACAAAAAAAUUCUACUUAGCUCAGUGGGGGCCCACACACACCUGCCCGGUGAAAUACAAAUAUGAAUAGUUUAACUUUACAAUAAUACAGUACGGAAAACCCCUCUUCUCCUCCGAUACAAAUUCCCCGUCUCAUCCAACACUGAGGCCUAAUCCAGAACAUUUCUCUCUACCAAAGCAGAACCUUUCCAAUGACGCGCUGCGAUGGAGCUCGGUUGUGAACAGCGACAUUUGACAUUUUCCUUACAUAAAAAAAAGAACUAAAAUCAAUAAAAAGGAAAAGUGGUCCUACUC